GAAGACCCAGCCCUGCGAGUGCGAGCGCCUCCCAGCCCAGAGCACGCCGCCCGCGGGCGAUGGCGCCGCAGUCGCAGCUGCAGCGGUAACGCCCGCCCGCAUCGCCAUGGUCCGCAGUCGCCUCUUCUACACCGCCUCCGUAGUGCUCCUGCUCGCAGGCCCUCUGAGGACGGAUGAAGGCGCCACGGAGGAGCCGGACGAGGACUACGCCGUGUCGGUGGGCGGCUCUGGACUCGGCGGUCCCUACUUCGACGUCUCGGCGUCCCGGAACGUCACCGCUCUCGUCGGCAGGACGGCACUGCUCAACUGCCGAGUGCGCAACCUCGGCGACCGCACGGUGUCGUGGGUGCGGCACCGGGACAUCCACCUGCUGACGGUGGGCCGCUUUACCUACACGAGCGACCAGCGCUUCCAGGCGAUGCACUCGCCGCAGACGGAGGACUGGAUGCUGCAGAUCCGGUACCCGCAGAUCCGCGACUCGGGCGUCUACGAGUGCCAGGUCAGCACGACGCCACCCAUCGGGCAUUCCAUGUACCUCUCCGUCGUCGAGCCGGUGACGACCAUCCUGGGGGAGCCACACAUGUACAUCUACCGGGGCAGCACCAUCAACCUCACCUGCAUCGUUCAGCACAGCCCCGAGCCGCCGCCCGCCAUCAUCUGGACGCACGACGGCCAGGAGAUCAACUAUGACUCGGAACGCGGUGGGGUGUCGGUGAUCACGGAGAAGGGCGACUUCACGACGAGCUACCUGCUCAUACAGCGUGCGGACGCUCCAGACUCUGGGACCUACACGUGCAGCCCCUCCAACGCCAACACCAAGAGCGUCGCCGUGCACGUGCUCAACGGUGAGUCUGGCGAGCGCCCGGCGGCUAUGCAACACGCGGGCCAGCGCCGGCUGACGCACCCCGUGGUGGAGCUGCUGCUGCUCGCCGCCGCCACCGCCGCCUUCGCCGACCACUGCUGCUGAUGCGGGCGCCUCGCCCUCUCCGCGGUUGGCAGCCCUGCUGGUCUCGCCGUACCUUCACCACCGGCGCGGCCGAUCGGUGACUCCUCGACGAAACAUCCUCAGCAUGUGAUAUCGACGCCUAGCUGUGGAAAGUGUGAGCUCUGCUCUGGUGAACCGUUAAGCUAUACUCUUCAUCAGACAGCACCAGGACUGGCGUUACAGUCGCGCCCUGUUAAUUCUUCAAUGUUAAUUGUGCGCCGGGUUGGCUUUCGACGGACACUUCUAAACCGAGACAUCGAACGAGACGAUCACCUACAUUGCAUCAGCCACUCCCACCCGAUCACUUACACUUUCGAGAUGAUCGGUUUCCAGACUGUAGAGCACUGGCCUACAUAAUUGGAGUAAUUCAGCAGUUUACAUUUUAUAAGAAAAGGUCGCGAUUCUAUGCAAUAGAUAUGUGCAUACAGGAUGUUACUACCCGGAUGUUUUCGAUUUGUUAUCAUCAUAGCCGCUUCAUUCCUAAGCUGCCUAGUCACUCAGGAAGCAGCAAAUUCAAGACUGAAUGGCUUGAUAGGAGGAGCCAUUUUAAACAAUAAACACCUGGAAUUUAAACGUUCUUCUUAUGAAGAGGCCUUGCCUCUUCAGAGGGCGGCUAUCGUUAUGGCCAGUCUUGUUUUUGACUUUGUGUAUUUAAAACAGCUGUAAGAAAAUGCAUCCGAACUGCUCUCUCAGAUAUCGUACCCACAAUAUUCAUCUUCUUCCUACUGAUCUUUUGCCUAUAACGUUUCCUUCCAUUAUCAGUCUUAGAAUAUUGUAUUUUUCUGCUCUAGUUGUAUGGUCAAAAUAUCUCGAUCUUUUGUUUUGAUUGUGUUCCCCAAGGUCUUAUGUUCAUUGAUUCGUCUUGUCCACACCAUCACCUAUUAGCGUCAUUAUUCAAAUGAAGAAAUUGCAAGCCAGACCUGUAUGGCCUGUUUCAAGAUCAACACCUUAAAAUCUAAUAGAACUGUGUAAGAGCUUCUUCUGAGUAUGAAUAUGGCAGUAUUUGCUUGGUUCUGAAGAAGGACGAAUGCCAAAGUUUUUCUCAAUUGCGUUUUUCAUAUUCUCAGAACUCAGUCUUACAGAGGCCAAGGUCUCAUGACUUCUUACCCCUUGUGUUAUGUAAAAUUCAUUACAGUCGAAACUUUUUAAUUCGUCAUUACCAUUAUUCCAUAAAUAAUUCUUCGCUAUUCAUAGUUACAAACCAGUCGCAUCUGAUGGCGCCAUUAAACAAUUUUCGUCAGAAUUGACUGAAAUAAUACGGUUAUCAGUAAUGUCCUCACUGAUGCUUUCUCCAAACAACAUGAAAAAUGAACUUACUGUGUUGGUUUCAUUUCAACAAAAGCUGUUGUUCAUACAAUUAUCUAAUAGCAAAUCUCGUAAAUAACCCACGCUGUCUUUACAACAUUCUUAAGACGAUUGCCUCUUUUACAGAGGAAUGCAUAUUAGCUAUUGAAAUUUUUCAUAUGGUAAGAGGUGUUAAGUGGUUGAUAUCCCGUAGAUUGUGAAAUCUUUGGAGUGGUUGAACUAAAAAACAAGUACCAGACAGAAGAACGUAAGACUGCAUUCUACGAAAAUUAUCAUUCUGCGUCAUAAAUGAAAUCUGAAUUUGAAAAUUGGUGCAACUCAUUACGAGCAGUGUCGGCAACAAAAUACUCCAGUCCCGUACCUUACAUACAGCUCGUAUAGGUCUCUCUUCUCUUAAAUAAUAAUUCAUGUUAUGUCGUAGCUGCUACGGCCACCACAUUGCCUCAAAGGUAGCCAAUAUAACAUUGCUCCCGAAACUGCACGUCAAACAUGAGAUAACGGCUGUUAAUCACGCUCAUGACGAAUGUUUGGGGUCAAAAUGCUGCUGGUUCUGUGAUUCCACGGCUCUGGAUGGGCUGAAACGAGCCGCAUAGGAAGAAAAUUAUAGAUAUACGUAUGUCCACACAUUGCUUCAUUUGAAAAGCACCAUCAGAGACAGACACGCAUGCAUUUGUCUGAACAUUUUCACUCAUAUACAACAGAAAAUUUGUAUCGAUGGAGAUAAAAGUCCGUUCUGAAAAGUUUGUUAUACGACGAUGUUUUAACUUCGACUUGAACAAUUAACCGACGUUCCGUUAUUGUCGGACUGCACUGCUGGCCACAUUGACUUUGAGUAUUAUUUUCUGGUUUUACGACUUAGUUCGCAGUGUUUUCUAGUGCAUUCUUCGCUGUUUUAAUUGCACUGUCUCUGAGUGUUGAAAUAAUUUUUUGCAUCAGUUUUAUUCUAGGUACACUGUAUCCAUAACAUGUUGUAGCACGCUCCUUACGUUGGCCUUAAUCUGAUUUCUGCGACAUGUUCGAACACACUCGAUCCGUUGUGUGACGUAGUGGAAACAUGAGAUCACUUGAUCAUAUUUCCACCAGUUAUUUUGUUACAGCUGGUAACAUUGUUAUGAUUGAUUUUCAUUCCUCAUUUAACGAUUAUUAUCAGUAAUUGUCAGUUAUAAUUUUCUCCAAUCCACAUUGGAACCAUUACUUAAAGUUAAUCAACUUGGGUGAGUCACCGAAAUAUUUCGCUAGUCGCUGCUAGAACAUACUUUGUACGUCAGAUUGAUACGACCCCUCAUAUAACAACUUCCAAAUUCUUUACAGGCUACACACAUCUACUCUUGUGUAAAUGCUUUUUUGAACUUCAAAUUUUUCUCUUUCUUUCGAUUUUUUGAUACUGUAGUCCUUUCUGCUAUGGUGGACACGAUCUCAGUACCUGAUGAAGAUCUUAUAUACACCAUAACGUUAAUGUGAAUGACAUUGUAUUAUGCACGCAGUGGAUGUUAAAUAAAUGCGUCGAUCAUAUACCGAUUUUACGUCGAGUUUAUAAACAGCAAGGUGCGGGUAAAAGUGCUUUCCAGUGGAAGUAUUUGACUUUAGUAAACUAAGUCUCUCGUCCAUUUAUUAUUAAAUUACCAGUCCAGAAACUAUAAUUACACUUCACUCUGAUCUCUCUAAAUUUUGAUGUGUGUAAAAGCAUACUGAUAAUUGUGUAUUUGAAUUGCGUGAUACAGAUCCAAAGCUGUUAGUUGCUAAGCUUUUGACAAUACUUCACGUAACUCAGAAUAAAUAUUUCAAGUGUGAUGUCUGGCUUCCGACUGACAAAAGAACUACAAAAAUUAACAGGUAUAAGGCCUUAUUUUGAAGAAUAUUGAAUGUAAAAUACAGAGAGAGAAUUUAUUUUCAGGAUAAAAUACGACAAAAGAAUUGUCUAUGACUAUUUCUCAAAGUGAUAUUUUUGUAAACGUCCACAUCAACAAUUUUCUUGUAGAUAUUAUUCUAUUGUCCAAUGUUGAAGUUAUUAUGAGUAAGUACUUGCAAUUUUUACGUUUGAAAAUAAGUGACCGGUGCCCAUUGGUGUGUUAAAUGUUACUGAAGAUAUAUGUUUUCUCUUAUCGUAGGUGAUUAUCUGUUUUAUGCAGGUCGAAGGAAAAUUGCUUCAGAGAUGUUUGACAUGGAAUACAACCUAUUAAUGACUGUAAAUAUCCUUUACCUCUAAGUAAGUUGGGUCCUUUAUAAAUAAUUUACAAUAUUUUAAAAUAAAGUAAACAGUUUCAUUGUU